UGUGAUAUGGCAACCGUGUAUAGACCCUUUGACAAGUAUGGCGGCAGUGGAGGCAGCAGCAUGAAUGACACUUCCACCAGUAACCUGGGCAGUUCAAUCACUGCAUGCAAGAAGGUUGUUUGUCCCAGCCGACCUGCAGAUUCCUUAGAAUACUGGCUCCAAAAUUCCAAGAACCUGAGCAGGAUUGGCCUGGUAGACAGACUGGACUCCAACUGUACAUCUAUCUGCUUUGUAAAUUUGAAUGCUUUCAAUGAGGAGUCAAGUCAUGAAGCUUUACGAAAGAAGCUGGAUGAAGUGUCUCCGGAUUUGCAAAGGCUAAUAAAUUCAGUAAGGUCACAAGAGCUGAAAGAAGAUGAGAUUGUGCUGUUCAGUGGAUUAACACACAGAAAAUGUGGGACGGAAACAGAUAGUUCACAGAUGUUCUGCCCAGAUGAGAUUUGCUUGCUACAAAGAGAGGGAGCUCCAGAGAUGAUCUCCUCAAAUUAUAUCAUCUUGGAACUGAAUAAGUUUCUGCUGGGUCUGGAGUUGGCCCAAGAGAACCAUUUGCAGGGUGAAACCUCCCCACUACAUGCAGAGGAUGAUACCAACUGCUCAGUGUCAUCAAUAGAGGAGGAUUUCCUGACAGCCUCUGAACACCUGGAAGACAGUGAAGAGGAGAACUGCAAGGAAGAGCCCCCUGAUGAGAUCAAGAAAGUGAAAAGGAAAGGGUAUGAAAAUCUACAGAACAAAAAGAAUGGAAGAGCGAAUCUCAGGAGAGAGGAGUAUCUAGUCCAUGUUGGUCAUGGGGUGGAAUCAAGAAGAAACUCUGAAGGGAGACGACCUUCUCUAGUCAGUGGUUGUCUUGAAAAGGCAGCUGAGUGUAAAACUGGAAGAAGAUGCAUUAAUGAACUUUGCCAAACUGCAAUGCAAGCCAAGCGUCCUGCAGAAAAAAACAUCCAGCAUGCCACAGCCUGUGGGACUGACCAUCGCACAGAAUCAUUUGAAGAUCCAGCAACCACAGGCCAGUAUGCAACAAACCUGGCUGAAUGUGUACUGCAGGACGCAUUUAUCAGACUAUCACAAUCUGACAGCUCUUUUACCAAGGAAGCUGCUGUCAGCAUAUCUGCUGGGGACUCUUUACUGUCUGGAGUCACCUGCAAAGAAGGAUCUCCUGCAGCAGCCCGUUCUUGGAAUGACCUUCCAAAAAUUGUUAUAGUUCAGAGCCCAGACAGUUGUGAUAGCCCAACUGAGUGGGUGGAUGAGUCUCAUUGGUCUGAGCAGGAGACCACAAAUGUUUGUGAUCACUGGACAGAUGAGGAUGGAUCUUCAGGCUCCACACAAAGUACUUUAGAAGUAGCUUUAGCAUGUGCAGCAUCAGUUAUAGGUACAAUAUCCAGUCCUCAGUCUUCAGAGCAAAGUAAAGUGAACCAUUUAAAAAAUGUAGAUUCACAGGAGAGAGACGUAUCUGAGGACAGUAUUUCAGACCUUGUAGGGUUUCCAAACGUUACUGUGGGGGAAGAUUAUUCAUUGCCCUCUGCUUUGUGUGAACUAACUAGGGUGGCAAGUGCAGUAGCUGUUUGUGGACUUGGGGAUGAAAAGAAAGCCUGCUACCCUAGUACUUCCAGUGGGCUCUUAGUUGCAGCUGAUGCCUCAACAGCUGUGGCUUUACACUGCAGCAUUGCAUUGGGGACAAGCAUCGAUAAAUUCAAGGACAGCAUUGCAAAGGUUCUUCUAAAAGAAGCAGCUGUAGUUUUGACAAGUCCAAGCACCUACAAAAAUGUGGGAGAGUUUAUUGAAUCUAUGAAUAACAAAAUCUUAACCAGUGUAAGUUCUUCCAAAAUCAUUCAUGUGGGUGAUGUUGUUAACGAUGAUCUUGCUCAUAACUUAUCUGAUAUGAUACUUAGACAAUCUUCUGAAAAGGAAAUCCAGAAGCUGCAUGUUACUGAAAGUCGACAGCUCUCCACUGCUUCAAGUGAUUUUGUGACAACUACUACUGAUCUUCUAUAUAAUGUAAUGCAUUUCACUUGUAAGAAAAUGAGUGAUCUAGUACAAACUGGGGACUUAUCUUUGAACGUUGAGACUGUUUAUCCAAGAUCUGCAGGCCCAGACCAAACAGACAGUCAGAAUGACUUAUAUGACUUGCCAAAAGCUCCAAAGCCAAUUGUUCCAAUGAAUGAUAGUAAAACAAUGCAAUUACGCAGCUAUAGCACAGAACAAAAAGUUGAACCAGUUACCCUCAAACAAAAUGAAGUGAAGGAGAACAGUGAAGGGUGUUACAGUAAUGGGGUUCAAGUUAAACCAUCUUUCUCUAAACAAUGCAUGAAAAGAGAACGCUACAAACGUUACCAUGAUGAGCAUAAAGCUUUCUUAUUCAGUGAUGCCACUUUCCCAGAUGAUGAAUGCAGACAUUGUGCAGAUAAGGGCUCCAUAGAUGGAUUAACGAAAUCAGGGAGUCAAGAAAAUGUCAACUACGAGAGUAGUGUAGCCAAGGAAAUCAUUGUAAGUUCACCUUUGGGUAGUAGUUACACACUGCACCCUGCACAGGCUGUACUUUCUGUAAAACAUCCAGUCAGCAAUUACUGCUUAACAGAGUUUGCUGAUGACUUAGCAGAAACUGUUGUGUCUAUGGCCACAGAAAUAGCUGCCAUAUGCCUGGAGAAUUCCAAUGGGAGGCAGCCAUGGUUUUGUGCCUGGGCAAAAGGAAGCGAAUGCUUGCUGCCUCCUUGUAGGACAGUAAAGAGAAAGAAGGAGGCAUCAAAUGGUGGAGCCGUGGUAAGAAGGCAUAGACCACCACGCCUCAGUGAAAUAAAAAAGAAGACAGAUGAACACCCAGAGCUUAAAGAGCGACUUAUGAACCGAGUGGUAGAUGAGUCUAUCAACUUGGAAGAUGUUCAAGACCCUGUUAUUGCUUUUGCAAAUGAAGUAGCUUCCAAAAUAAUGAAUCUAACAGAACCAUCAGUUGCAGAUUUAUUAUGGCAGGGCCAAAAUGUGUCACGAAACAGGUUACAUUGUGAAAGGUGGAGUCGAGGAAAAGCAUCCAGUUAUGAGAGUAUCCCAGAGGAGGAUUUAGAUACUAAAAGUCUUCUCAACACACUAGGCCCUGGAAAUACAUUAGGACAGCCCUUCAGCAGGACAAGCUCAGUAUCCAAACAGUCAAGCUGUGAAAGCAUCACAGAUGAAUUUUCUAGGUUUAUGGUGAAUCAAAUGGAAAAUGAAGGAAGAGAAUUUGAGCUACUUUUGGACUACUAUGCUGGCAAGAAUGCAAGUAGCAUUCUGAAUUCUGCUUUGCAGCAGCUUUCUAGGAGGAAUAGCCACUUGAACGUGAGACCUACUUGUCUUUCUAAACAGUCUAGUACAGAGAGCAUAACUGAAGAGUUCUAUCGCUACAUGCUGAAGGAAAUUGACAAGGAUAACAGGGACAAUUAUUCUAGCAUAAAUACUGCAGAAUGGACAAACAAUUUAAUGCCUCCUUCAUCUCGUACACCUUUUUGUUUCCGUCAGUCAUCCAUGCCUUGUAACAGGUCAUCUAGUGCACGUUUAACUGUAAAUACUCCAGUCAAAGCAAACUCAUUGGAUGGGUUUGCAAGGAGCUCUUCUAGGGAUUAUCUCAACAUUCAGCCUGUAAAUGCCAUUUCUUCCACAAAUCUCUGCAAGUCAGACUCUUGUUUAUACCAAAGGUGCCAUACCGACCAGGCAACAGAUAUGUUAAUUCAUGAGACCUGGUCCAGCUCCAUUGAGUCAUUAAUGCGCAAAAAUAAAAUUAUAGCAGACAGAACUGAAAGUAUAGAUGAACCACUACCAGCACACGUGGACAAUUUUGCUAACAAGCUGGCAGGGGAUAUUGUUCAAAGUGGAAAAUCUCUCAAUGUUUCACACCAGGAUUCACUUGAAAGCACAAAUAAAGGAAGCUUUAAUAGUAAGUCUGUGUUACAAACUCAAUGCAAAUUUACAGACAAUCAAGAAGCCUCAGUCAGCAAAGCUUCAUUUGUUACCAUGGAGGUGCCCCUUAUACAGAUUGAAGCAGAGCAUAGGGAAGAGACAGAUGGAGAAGAACAAGAAAAUGUACCUGGGAACUUAAAUUGUAAACAUAAGUCAGAGCAAGAUGGAGCAAGAAGCAUUUCUCAUGGAGUAAGCAGUGUAUCCCAGUCAAGAAGCUUACAGAGAUGUGAGGCCUUUUCAGAGGUGAAAGCAAAGCCAGAGCUCCCCACUCCCUUGAGUAGCAGUGAGGACAGUACAGGCAGCUGGUCACACCUUGUUAACGAAGAGGAAAAUCCAGAGGACACCAGCAGCUUUCUUCAGCUCAGUGAACGAUCCACAAGCAAUGGCAACUGCAGUACAACAAGCAGUGUAGGCGCUGUGGACCUGGAUACCUUUCUGGAUGUUAUUUCACCUGAAAUUACUCCUGAAAUAAAACCAGAAGAGAAGAUUGUGACCAAAGAUGUGCAUGAAAAUCCAGAUGAAUGUACAUCUGGAUUAUCGGUUGGCACUGCCAGCUGUCACCAAGAGGUCUCAGUUUUAAACAUCAAUCUGAAUUCAGAUAAUUUUGACUCUGAGCUGUGCACUACAUUACAGUGGAUUGCUGCAUCGGAACUAGGGAUACCCACUGUGUACUUCAGGAACUCUCAGGAAAGUAGGAUUCACAAGUUUCUGCAAGUCACACGAUUGGUUCAGUCAAAGUCUUGGAAAGUUGGAGAUAUUUUCAGUGCCCUCAUCCUUCACUGCAAGAUACAGGAACAGGGCAGUAAAGGAGCACCCAGUUUCUUUGACUGGCUACUGGAACUGGGAUAAUACAAUGAAAGACCACUGCAGGGACAGUCAUGGAGUUCACUGCGGUCAGUCUGGACUCUCAAUCUUCAGUACAACGCAAACAGACUCUUUUUUUUUUGUUUUUUUUUUACCAUGACUGGGAAAGAAUUGACAGAUUGUAUAUUUAGAAUGUAUUAGAUACAGUUUUUUAGGCAUGUGGGCCUUGCUUAAUAUUUUUCUAGCAUAUUUAAAUAUAUGUAUAUAUUCUGUAAGGAAAGUGUUUGAAAUUGCAGAGUUUAGUUGAACUGCGUGUUUAUUUAUAAGGUCUGUACAAAGUGACCAGUAUAUGAGGUAUCUGAACUGGCACACACUGUGAUGGUCCAGCAGUAAAAAUAGCAUUUUCAUUACAUGAAAGUAAAUAUAAUGAGAAGACAUAUAUACAGCACGUCAUCCAUUGUAAAGAAAUAAUAAAAACAUUUAACUUAU